GCCACACCACGCACUGUAUCAUUGCACGAGUGACAGGUAACAUGGAUUCUGUCGUGUACUCGUGUUCCUUGCAUAAUGCGCUUAAACUGAAAUUAAUUCGUUACUACAUUAAUUCAACAAUUAGCAAAUGCAAAAGAGACCCAAUAAAGCAAUCCCAAUAUAUUCCAACAAGUAAAGCAAAGCAUCAUAUUUGAUAUUUCCCAUCUCUUUUUGGAAACAAACACAAAGAAUCAUUGAAAACAAACAAACAAACACAAAGUGUGAAGAAGCAUCUUCAUUUCCACUUGCAAUCCUUCUCAUGAUCUUCGGAGUCGGUGAUGUUGCUGAAUUAACCUCUGUAAAGGUGAUGACAUUGCUAAUCUGACAUCAUAUGCUGGUUAUGGAGAACACAGAAAGGGAUAAGGUGUUUUCUAAUGGUGAUGUGUAUUGUGGUGAUUAUCUGGGUACAAUUCCUCAUGGAAAGGGAAAAUAUACAUGGUCGGAUGGGACCAUCUAUGAAGGCGAUUGGGAGGAAGGAAAAAUGACUGGGAAAGGACUAAUUAUUUGGUCUUCAGGAUCAACAUAUGAGGGCGAUUUCUCUGGGGGUUAUCUUCAUGGUCAAGGAGUUCUUACUGGUGCUGAUGGAUCUACUUAUGAUGGAAGUUGGAGGAUGAACACGAAAGAUGGUUUUGGAAAGAAAAAGUACUACAACUCUGAUUUUUAUGAAGGGUCAUGGAAAGAAGGUCUCCGGCAAGGAAGUGCAAAGUAUAUUUGGAGUUCAGGAAAUGAAUACAUUGGCACUUGGAAAGCUGGGUUGAUGUGUGGCAGAGGGCUUUUAAAGUGGGGAAAUGGUGAUAUUUUCUAUGGUCUUUGGGUGGAUGGAUUACGGGAUGGAUCAGGUUUCUACCGAUUUGCCGAUGGAAGCUGCUAUUGUGGAACUUGGAGCAGAGGCAUCAAAGAUGGAAGAGGAACAUUUUAUCCUGCUGGAAGUAAGCAUAUAUCUCUGAAGAAGUGGUUCAAAUCUGCAGGAUAUGAUGGAAAUUUAAAGGGUCAGCUUUCUAGUGUGGAAGAGAAUAGUACUUCAAGAGCAAGGAUAAAACGCAGUAUUUCUGAAAAGGUUACUAGUGGUAACUCGAUGAGAAGUCCAAGUCAAAUUUCAUCUAGGGCUUCUUUUGACAGAGACUACAUAGUUGGUGACAUUUCGAGAGAGUUAUCAUCCAAGGAGAGCUCCUACAAACUGAUUUGCAAGUCCGAUGAUGAUCAGCGUGACGGGCAGGAAGAAAGUGAUGUAGUUUUUGAAAGGGAAUAUAUGCAAGGUGUCUUGAUUAGGGAACAUAUAAAGAAAAAUGCCGGGAAAUCUUACAAAGUCAAGCAUCGCAGUAAAUUUACUAUAAAAGAGUCCAAAACUCGUUCUUGCAUCACAAUUUCUAGUGGCAAUCAGAGCCACUAUUUUAUGCUUAAUCUACAGCUUGGUAUCAGGUAUACUGUUGGCAAGAUAACACCAGUUCCUGCUCGUGAAGUUAGAUGUACCGAUUUUGCUGAACAGGCCAGAAUCAAAAUGUUCUUUCCGAGAAAGGGUUCUCAACUUACGCCUCCACACUAUUCGUUGGAUUUUUAUUGGAAGGAUUAUUGCCCUAUGGUAUUCAGGAAUUUGAGAGAGAUGUUUAAGUUAGAUGCUUCAGAGUACAUGAUGUCCAUCUGUGGUGAUGAUGGUUUAAGAGAGAUUUCUUCUGCAGGAAAAAGCGGCAGCAUGUUUUAUUUGUCGCAUGAUGAUAGAUUUGUGAUCAAAACUUUGCGGAUAUCUGAGUUGAAGGUUUUCCUCAGAAUGCUUCCGAGUUAUUAUAAUCAUGUGCAAUUGCAUGAGAAUACUCUUAUCACUAAAUUCUUUGGGCUUCAUCGCAUAAAACUGAAGUGUGGAAGAAAGGUACAUGUCAUACUGGAAAAACUCGGUGAGGUGGAUCAUUUUUGGAGGGAGCAAGCAAUAAGGAGUUGCCCAGCUCUGGCGGUGCGAUUUGUGGUGAUGGGGAACAUGUUCUACACUGAGUUACGGAUUCAUCGACGUUAUGACUUGAAGGGGUCAUCUUAUGGAAGAUAUACAGAUAAAGGGAAGAUGAAUCAGAAUGCCACCCUGAAAGAUCUUGACCUGUCUUAUGAAUUUUAUAUGGACAGAUCAUUGCGUGAUGCCCUAUUUAAGGGUUUCACUGAGCCUGUCUCAAGUAUAUACAGCAUUGUCAUGUCAUUUUUCUUAUUCCUAGGUAGAGGGUUUCUGGUUUUGUGCCAAUGUUGAGCAUCUCUCACUUUCAAGGCGCCCUUUCCUACAAAAGAACAAGGCGACCAUGAAACUGGUACCAAGAUUGAAAAACAAGUGGUGUGCAAGGUUCAAGUCUAGUUUGCAUUUUCGCCAUUAUAGCAUGCUAGUUAAUUAUGUGUUGAAGGCUUAUUUUCUUUUUUCUUUUUUGAAAGGGUUGAAGGCUGAUUUUCACUCGUAGUUUUCUGUUCAUGACAUUCGUCUAAAGUCUACUGUUCUGACUAAUAGUACCAUUUUAUUCCAAUUUUUUGUUUUUUUUAAUAUAAAGAAAUAAAAAAUAUUAUUUCCAUUUCAAAAAAGGAUGUAAAGAAUUUAGCAGUCACAUUCUAAAUAUAACAAAUAUAAAUUAGCAUUCUGUCAAAAUUUUAUCCCCUCUGCUUUUCUUCAAUGGUUUCAAGAUUUAUUCUAGGUGGAGAACAAGAUGAUUUAAAUUUAGCAUGUGUAUAUAAUGUCUUGAAUGUAAGGGAGACUUCUUAUGAAAUGAAGUCAACAAUAAGAUAAUGAGUAAAUUUGGAGUUAGACAUGAACUACUGUCAGAAAAAGCAAGGAGAUUGAGACAUGAAGACAAAAAAAGGAGGCAAAUGAAAAAUAUGGUGAGAAACCAUUUGCGAGAUAGGAAACUCCAAAUACACUAGCUCCGACAGUGAGAUACUUUAACUUAGCGGUCUCUCCGGCCGUGGAGUGCGCUAUGGCCCAACAGCCCCACUCCUUAAUCUUAGGUGUAAAUGCACUGAUGCUUGUGACAAAUUGUUGGUAUGGAAGCUAAAUUUGCUGUGCUCCUUAUUUGUGUAUGUUGUGGCUUGUCACUUGUGCUCUGCUAGUGUUGAGAUAAGGAGUCACUUGUACCUCUUUUGUGAUUUCUGACCUAUCUUUGGCAGAGACAUUCUUAUAAUCCUUUUGCAGGUUCUUUACGUGUGACUUGUGAAAGUUUGCUUUCUUAUGAUUUAGCUCUUGUUUGGUAUAGUUUGUGGAGUGGAAAGGGAAUGGAAAGGGAUAAGAGAGUGGAAUGGAAACCAUUAGUGUUACUUGCAUAAUUUGUUUGGUUUAGAAAUGUAAUGGAAGCAGUUAUUUUAAAAUAAAGACAACAAACUAGUUAACCCUUUGGCCUCUUUUAUUAAUUACCUCACAACCUCCAUUGCUUCAUCUUUAUUGGCAAAGCAAAAAUCAAUAUCUCCGCUGACAUAUGAGCAGUAACAAAUGAGAGGUAACAGUAACCCUAUGGAAACGGAUUCAAUUACUCAAGCUUCACGCCAAACAGCUUCAAAUGGAUUCCCUAAGUGAAUCCGUU